UCAGCUGAAAACUAUGCCCUAAACUUACAAAUCUGAAGGGCCGCCGUCUGUUUCUCGUAGGAGACUUCAAUUUCAUCUUCGUGCCCUAAUUUGUUCUUCAGCUGCGCUCGAUUUGCUCCAUCUUCAAGGUAUCCCUCACUUUUUCUCUCAAGCAUUAACAUUCACAUUCACGCAACACUUCCAAAUCUUGGCCAGUGCAUUUUUAUAAACACUGAGCAUCUUGCAUCGAUCUGUUCUCGCUUCACUAUUUUGAGGUACAGCGAGAUUCUUGGACAGCCGGCCCCUGUCAUUGGUUACUGUGCAAAUGAGGGGUAGGAGUUACACUCCAUCGCCGCCAAGGGGUUAUGGCAGGAGGGGCAGGAGCCCUAGCCCUCGGGGACGCUAUGGUGGUGGACGUGGGAGAGACCUUCCCACUAGCCUUCUAGUUCGUAAUCUUCGCCAUGACUGCAGGCCCGAGGAUCUUCGUAGACAGUUUGGACAGUUUGGUGCUAUUAAGGACGUAUACCUACCAAAGGACUAUUAUACUGGAGAGCCUCGUGGUUUUGGUUUUGUUCAAUAUGUAGAUCCUGCCGAUGCUGCAGAUGCUAAACAUCAGAUGGAUGGCUGUGUUCUUCAAGGUCGGGAGAUAACUGUGGUAUUUGCUGAGGAAAACAGGAAGAAGCCAUCUGAUAUGAGGGCAAGGGAGAGAGGAAGUGGACGGUUUCAUGAUCGUAGAAGAUCUCCUCCACGGUAUUCUCGUUCUCCUCCUCAACGCCAUGCAAGGCGUUCUUUUUCACCAGCUCCACGCCAUGCAAGGUCUCGGUCUCGCAGUUAUGAUUAUGCAUCCCCCCCACCAAGACAAAGGGCGUACUCUAGAUCCAUAUCCCCGUCUCCACGUGGCAGACGGGAUAGUCGAGAGAGGUCCUACCCACGACAGCCAAGCCGUGGUAUGUCGUACUCCCAAUCCCCACAACUUGAUGGUGCAAGAAGUAGAAGUCAGAGUCCAGCACCACGGGGUGGAAGUCGAAGUCCAAGCCCUGUAAGAGGCCGAAGGCUGAGUAGGAGCAGGAGAAGGAGCAGAAGCAUUAGCCAGAGCCGAAGUCCACGACAUAGUCCAAGACACGAAGAGGAGUAUAGAAGUGAACUGAAUGGCGGAGGUAGGAGCCCUAGUCGAUAACAACCAUCCCGCUCAGAAGUUGGGGAAGAAAAACUACAAUGUACUAUUUUGCCACAUUUCGUUUGAGAUUUCCCGCUAGAGACAUCUUUUCGUUUGUAUUGUUGGGCAGCGUUUUUUGUUGUUGUUACUUGUUAGGAUUUAUGCGUUAUCAAAUUGAUUGUUGGUACGUACUUUGCUUUCUUUCGUGGUGUGAUGAUGCUUUACAAAGUA